GGCGAGUGUUGAAAGCGUUAAGACGUGUGUAAGCGGCAGCAGUGAACAGUUACUUAGAGACUUGAAGAGAAAAAAGCGUACACACACACUCACACACACAGACACAGUCUGUUUGCUCUACUACUCUCCUGCUCUCGAUCUGGGCGGAGAAGCGCUGCGGCCGCAGCUUUAGGCGCGUGUGAAAUCUGUGAAAAUUUGCCUACAAGAAGUGAAGAAGUAAAGAAGGAAAAAAGUGAAAAUUGGUGAAGAAGACGUUUUAGCUGCAAUUCUCAGCAAUUAAACGAGGCCGAAGCGGAAAAUGAAAGCGGGCCGCGCAUUCGGCUGCCUCUUCUGGGCGUUGCUCUAUUGUGUGCUAUACCUGGAUCUGGUCAACGCCAGCGAGGAGGAGCUGCUGGAUUUCGAUUUUGCCGAUGCCAAGGAAUUGGAUGCCGCCGCAGCCAGCAACGAUGACUGGCAGCUGGCCGACGAGCAGCUGGCGGCGCAACAGGCCGAAAAGAAGCUGGAGGACAACAUGCUGGACUUUAGCGUGGACCUGGAUGAACCGGAGCCGGAGAAACAGCUGCCGCAAUUCGAUUGGCGUGAACGAGUGCUGCGCACGGCAUUGUCCAAGGCUCUGACGGAUCGCGCGCUGCGCCAGAAGUUCGCUGAAGUGAUGCCCAUACUGCGUGUCCUAUCCUCGCAGCAGCGUUUGGCGCUCUCGGCUCUGAUCUCGGCUCAGAUGAAUGCCAAACAGGGUCACGAGCUGCGGCUUGAGCAGGUUCGCAUGAUGUUUGGCGACGAUAAGAAGCUGCUGCUGCCCAUUGUCUACGAUCUGGCGAAUCUGGUGAAGAGCUCGGCGCGCAAGUAUAUACAGCUCAGCGACGACUUGGCAGCAAUUGCGCUGCGACAGACGCCGCUGAGAAGGCGCAAAGAUCUGCUGACUGUGGAGGAGUCGGAGCAGGAUGACAGCGUGGGCACCAUUGAUGUGAGCGGGCAGCCGGCGGCGGAUCAGGAGCAGGCGGCCAGCUCACUGGAGGACUUUUUCGAGGAGAUGCAAUCGGUGGUGCUCGAUCCGCAGAUGAUCAAUGAGGCGCUCACUGCCCCACAGCCGCUGCCAGCGCCCAAGGCGAACGCCACUCGCGGCAGGCGGGUGCGCCGCGCAGCCAACGAAUUUGUGCACAAGCUGACGCGCUCUGUGCCCGUCUCGGUGAGCGAGCAGCAGCUGCUGGGCGGUGCAGCGGGCCGGACUAUCAAGCUGAACACCACCGCCUUUCAGCUGCCCAGCGGUGCAGGCACAACCACAGCAGCUGCAACUGCAGCCACUGCCGCAGCCACAGCCACAGCCUCCACAUUGCCGCCCACGCCCACGCAGUCGUAUGAGGAAAUCGAAGAUCUCGCCUUUGCCGGCCUCAACGGCACCCAGCUGCCGAUCUCUGCGGACGAGCGGCUCUAUGAGGUCAGCAAUGGCAACAGCAGCAGCAGCAGCAGCAGCGCCGAGGAGCCGCUGCCCAGUCCCGAGGAGCUGAUUGCGGGCCCACGCUAUCGCAGCCACAAGCGACCGCCGGCCAGCCACAAGAUGCCGCCCAUCAAGCGGAAGCGCGUGCAGAACUCCCCCUACAGUCGCAGCCGGCCGAAGACGUCGGCCAGCGCCCACAGCCCCGUCGUGGUGGGGCACAAGAAGUGCGAGCGGUUCACCAACAACAUGUGCAUACGUACCGACGACUAUCCGCUCGAACAGAUCAUGGGCAGCAUCAGGCGGCACAAGAAUGCGAUGAGCGCUCUGCUGGCCGAGUUCUACGAUAAGCCCAACAACAAUCUCGAGUUCGGUGACGAGUUCGACGAUUAUAUUGUCAAUAAAAAGCGGCGUGAGGACGAGGGCACCGCCGGCAGCAUGUGCCAGAGCAUCGUCCGCUACGCCCGGCCCCAGAAGGCCAAGGCAGCGUCGGGCGAGUGGAAGUUCAUCGUCAACACGGGACAGCACACGCAGACGCUGCGCCUGGAGAAGUGCAGCAAUCCUGGCGAAAGCUGCUCGUAUCUGGCGCAGACGUAUCGCUCGCACUGCUCGCAGGUGUACAACUACCAUCGGCUGCUGAGCUGGGACAAGGUGCGCGGGCUGCAUGUGGACAUCUUCAAGGUGCCCACCUGCUGCUCGUGCCAGGUGGACGGCUAUCGGCAGCAGUUUCCGCCGCUGUCCUCCAUCCAGGCCAAGGAGUACUCGCCCGGCGGCUACAAGCUGGACAAUGGCAACAGCAACGGCUACAGCACCAUCAACGAGGAGGACCUGGACUACAACGAUGAGAGCGACGAGGACGACUUGGGUCUGAGCUAUGCGCCGAACAAUGAGCUCAGCUAUCUGGGCAGCAAGAAGGUGCGCGCCAAGCUGCCAGCGCCAUCUAGCGUUGGCCCCUAUCUGAGUCCGCCGGACGACGAGGAUCCCUUUGCCACUGGCGGCUACAAGGGCCACAAGAGCAGCAGUUCCAUUGGCAGCUCGAGCUCGAAAAAGUAUUAUAGCCAGCUGAGCCGCCGGCGGCCGCAGCAUACGGAGGCGCGCGUCGACAUCGACAUGGAUCUAUCGCCCAGCGAGACGCAGGCCGAUCAAGAGGUAAACGUAUUGGCUGGGGAGCAGCCGCACGUGCCCAUCAAGCGCAAGCGUAUUUAUACAACCACUACUACCACCCACGCAGCCACAACUGGGGGACAUCAAGGAGCAUCAACUCGAGUACGGAUACCCGUACACCUAUCCAGCAAACCAUCGAGCACAGCCGCCACCAGCAGUCUACCAGCCCGAACUGGAACCGCAGCUGCGGCCGGAAUCGGAGUCGGAGCCGGAGCCGGUGUCGGUGUCGGUACUGCCACCCAUGCCCACCAAGCGACUGCUGCAUCCGGCUCAAUUGCAUCAUCUAACCCUGCCCUCGGCCAGGGCCAGAGCCAGGGACAGGGAUCGGGACAGCGCUUCCAAAAGUCGCGACCACGUUUCUAUGCACCACAGCCUACGACGACCUCUGUCGCAGUUGCUCCCAGCAACGCGAUCCCAGUCAGCCCAGAGGCGUCACUACCAACCACCUACGUUCAGCAGAGGAAGCAUCAGCAGCAGCAGCAGCAAUCGACGGCAUUUCCACAGCCGCCGCUUGUGAACUCCAUAUUCGACAACAACAGCAGCAGCAACAACAACAACAACAACAAUAACAAUGGCACUCGCCGCAUCAAUUAUAGCUAUCAUCCCAUCAUCGACUUCUUCGAGAAGAACAGGCGCACAGAUGGGGCAGCUGUGGGCUCGCUCGAUGAUCAGGAGCCCGACUACGCUGUGGAGGAGUCGCGGCUGGUGGAGCAACGUUAUCCAUCUAGAGUAAAGGCAAUUGCGGCCACGCUGCCGACUGCUGUUAAUCUGGGCGUGGGCAUGGGCGUGGCCUAUCAACAUGUGGUGCCCACAUCGCACGAGCGUAGAAUGGGCUUUGGUGCCGGUGGUGCGGUUGGCGGUGCUGUUGGUGGUGCUGGACGCUAUGGCUAUGCCAACGACAAUGCCUGGCAGCCGCUGGUUGUGGAUCAUUAAACUUAAGACGCAUGCAACUCCCCUAGCUUAAACCUCUAUACUCCCAUGGCUAACAUAGAUAGCUUGUUGUAUUAAUCGCAUCGAAUCGAGACUCAUCUGGCUUAGCUUGUAGUUGUGCCUCCUAUACUUGCCUAGUUACUGCAACUGAAUGACGUAAUUGCCUAAUCUUACCUAACUCUAUGUCUAACAGCAUCCAUCCAAUUAUUUAAUUAAUUAUUCAAUAAUUAUUUAUUUAUUUAUUUCGUAGCAAGUAGCGAUGUUUUCGAAAACAAA